UUUGCUUUCCUUGUCUAUGCUAACUCGGUGCGUGACCACAGACGAAGUACGAGAUGUUGUCAAUCGAAUACACUUUCAUCAUUUUCUCUUUCAAAACUACGAUGUAUCUUCAUCUCUAAUGUAAAAAUGACAUAACAGUUAUUAUAUUCUCAGCUUUAUAAUGUAUCUCUGAGACAAUAACCUCACAAAGCGUAAUACGUAUCUUGAUAUAUGACGCAAGUGUUUUGACGCGAAGAACUGCUCGACAACGGUGGGAUUUAAACACAUCGAAACUCAGUCAACAAAGAAGCCACUCGGUGUGGGAAAGGAUCGAAGCAGCAAGAAGCAUAAUAGAAAUAGAUUAUAACGACAAAACGAAGCCCACGAAGAGCCGAUGUUCGAUUCAGUUGAAAGUGUAGCGUGUUCACCGGUGAAACAAAGUAUGAAGAAACAAAGUAUAUUAUCUCUAUCCUCUCGGUUUGGAAUAAUAGCGCGAAAAAGGUUAGGAGCGACGCGAGCAAAAAGACCCGAUUUAUCCGCAACGUUGAACGGAUUAUGAAGCCCUGAAAGAACUUGACGUCACUGGUACCGCGUUUAUAUAUAAGAUGGGGAACGCCACCCUCAGAAUCCAGUCAACGACGGGAGGUGAUCAACGAUCACAGAGGGAACUUGGUCGCAGGCAUGGUGGUGAAUUUCAAGGUGUACAAGAAAUGCUCGCCGAACGGCAAAAUCUCUCUGUACCUGGGCAAGAGAGAUUACAUCGACUAUCUGUCCGGUAUCGAGCCGGUCGAUGGAGUGAUACUUCUCGAUCAAGACUACGUGGACACAGGUAGGAAGGUGUGGGGCCAGCUAAUUUGCAGCUUCCGUUACGGGCGGGAGGAGGACGAGGUGAUGGGCCUGAACUUCCAAAAGGAUCUCUACUUGAUCUCGGAGCAACUGUUCCCGGUCAACAAGAAACGGGAGGAGAAUCUGACCAAGCUUCAGGAUCGUCUGUUGCAAAAACUAGGACCGAACGCGGUUCCCUUCACCUUCAAGUUCUCUCAAUCCGCCCCAUCGAGCGUCACUCUGCAACAAGGGGAGGACGAGGCGGGCGAGCCUUGCGGAGUGAACUACUACGUGAAGAUCUACUGCGGAGAGACGGAGACCGACGUAACUCACAAGAGGAGCACCGUAAUCAUGGGGGUAAGGAAGAUCCAGUACGCGCCCACGAAGCAAGGCCGGCAGCCUUGCACCGUGGUGCGAAAGGACUUCUUGCUGAGCCCCGGCGACCUGGAACUGGAGGUCACGUUGGACAAACAGCUGUACCAUCACGGGGAGAGGAUAGCCGUGAACGUGUGCGUGAGAAACAACAGCAACAAGGUGGUGAAGAAGAUCAAGGCGUUGGUCCAGCAGGGUAUCGACGUGGUCAUCUUCCAAAACGGCCAAUUCAGAACUGUGAUCGACGCGGUGGAGACCCAGGACGGUUGCCCUAUCAAUCCUGGCUCGAACCUGACCAAGGUUCUUUACCUGAAACCGGAGCUGGAGAACAACAAGCAUCGAAGGGGCAUCGCGUUGGACGGUCGGUUGAAGAGAGAGGAGAGCGAAUUGGCAUCCAGCACUCUGCUUCUCUCGCCGGACAUACGCGAAUCCUUCGGCAUCGUGGUCUCGUACGCCGUCAAGGUGAAGCUGUACCUGGGCGCGCUGAGCGGGGAAUUGUCCGCCGAGCUGCCGUUCAUCCUGAUGCGGCCGAAACCCGUCGACCGGAUCAAGGUGGCGAACGAGGAGGUGGAGAACGCGAAGGAGGUGGAAAAGCCGAUCGCCAGCUAGAGAGAGGGCAUCUCGAACGACGUACUCUCUACUGGCUAACGACCUUCGAUCUCCGCCAUUUUCAUGGAUGCAACCAAAUAAUCCAAUCCCGAAGGAACGAGAUCCUUCCGUUUGUAUCGCGUUUUCGAAAAUUCAAACUAUUUUUCCAUAUACGUAUACACAUACAUAUAAAUAUAUACACGAUGUUGAACAUGUAUUUGAAUAUUUAAAAAAAAAGAAAACAAUUAUUGUAAGUCAUAAAUUAUUUGCUGUAAUGGAAUCGGGGAAAUAUAUUGGAAAAUUGAUAAGAA